AAGCAGUGCGGGACAUCCAGUCAGUGUUUCCUCUGUUGGCGGUCGACGGGAGUGGGCCAGUCCGUUCCCUGUUGGGUGAUGCCCUGUGGUCCUGUCUCUCAUGAACCCCUCCCCAUUUCUAUCCAGCUUCUGAUGACAUCUCAUCUGUAUCACGCACUAAGUUGUCAGUCCUCUCACAUCAUCUGCCCACAGUGACUGAUGACUCAUAGGAAGCUCAAGUUUCAUUGGUUCUUUCCUCAGCCUCUGUCCAAUGGGCUCAUAGCAGACAAUUUUAGUCAUAGGCUCUGCUGUUCAACCAGGAGCUCAACUUGAGGAGUCCAACAUCUCCUGGCCACCGGUUUCCUCACUUCACCCGCCCUUCCAGCUCCAUGAUGGUCCCAUGGGUUCCUAUGGUCCCCUGGACAGCAGCUCUGAUGAUGUUGCUGAGUAGAGAGACCCAGGGUGGAGCCCUUCCAGAGAACCACCUGCUGCGCGCGCUGCAUGAGUGCUACGCGGAGCAGAACGGGACGCAGCGCUUCAUCAUGAGAUGCAUCUUCAACCGCGAGGAGUUCAUGCGCUUCGACAGCGCGGUGGGCGAGUUCCGCGCGCUCACCCCCAUGGGGCGACCGUGGGCCGAGUCCUGGAACAAGCAGAAGGACUACAUGGAGCGGCGGAGGUCCGAGGUGGACACGGUGUGCAGACACAACUACGAGCUGAACCAGCGCUUCACGGCGAAACGGAGAGUCCAGCCUAAGGUACAUGUGUCACCCUCCAAGAAGGUCACCCUGAAGCACCAUAACCUGCUGGUCUGCCACGUGACAGAUUUCUACCCAGACAGCAUUCAAGUCCGCUGGUUCCAGAACAGCCAGGAGAGAACUGAUGGGGUCCUGUCCACCAACCUGAUCCGAAACGGGGACUGGACCUUCCAGGUUCUGGUUAUGCUGGAGAUAACUCCACAGCGGGGAGACGUGUACACCUGCCACGUGGAACACCCCAGCCUUGAGAGCCCCAUCACAGUAGAGUGGAGGGCAAAUUCUGACUCUGCCCGAAACAAGAUGCUGACCGGAGUGGUUGGCCUGGUGCUGGGACUCAUCUUCCUGACUGUGGGCAUCAUCAAGUACAUGAGGAGCAAGCUGGCUCAGCCAAGAUCUCCAGAAUCUAGAUGAGGAGGUUACACUUCCCAUAGUCUCCACCAGCUCCCAACAGUCCGUGACUAAAAAUCCAUCAACAGAGACUAGAGAGAUGGCACAUUAGUUAUGUAUGCACUUGCUAACAUUCCAGAGGUCCCGGGUCAGUUCCCAGCAUCCAUGUCUGACAUCUUCCAGCUGCCUCUAACUCCAGCUCCAAGGGAUCUGAAGCAGUCUUCUGUCCUCCG